UUUCAAAGCUAAAAACAAAAAAGCAAAACCAGCGAAUGAAUUUUUUUGCAUAAUAAAAUCUUCAUUCAUAUAUUUUCUUCUUCACAGUCACAAUCAUCAUCAGUAACAAUCGUUAAUCUCAUUUUCUUCUUCUUCAUCAUCAUCUUUUUCUUUACUCUUUAACCUUCACCAACAACAACAACAACUCUUUCAGUUUCAGAACCUUCAGAUUCAUCUUAAUUCAAGAAGUUACAAUUAUAUGUGGCUUGGAUUCCUCCGAUACAACGGUUCCUCGAUUUUCAUAUAUGGAAAAAAUAAGAUUGUUGUUUGGGGAAACUUCUAGUGUUUAGUGUUUGGUGAAGUAGAAGAUAUAUAACACAACAACGAACAGCCUAAGAAUUGAACGUGUAAAAUGGAAACUACAAGGCGUUGGUUUAGUAAGUUCAAGUUACGUGAUAAAACAAAGUCUCCAAGAAAAAAUGAAGCUACAAGCACGGCAAAAGAAGGGUCAAAAACACCAAUAAAUGAAGAACUUCCUUCAAGUGCAACCAAACAGAAGGUUGAAGCUGCAAAGCAUUACAUUGAAAAUCAUUAUAAGAAACAGAGGCAAAGCUUGCAGGAGAGGAAGGAAAGACGUAAUAUGCUAGAAAAGAAACUGGCUGAUGCUGAAGUCUCCGAGGAAGAGCAGAACAAUUUGCUCAAGUAUUUGGAGCAAAAGGAGACAGAAAUCAUGCGUCGUCAGAGACAUAAGAUGGGGGCUGACGACUUUGAGCCCCUAACUAUGAUUGGGAAGGGUGCAUUUGGAGAGGUUAGAGUCUGCCGGGAAAAGGCAACUGGUCAUGUAUAUGCUAUGAAGAAACUUAAGAAAUCCGAAAUGCUUCGUAGAGGCCAGGUUGAACAUGUCAAAGCUGAGAGGAACCUUCUUGCAGAAGUUGACAGCAAUUGCAUUGUAAAACUUUAUUGUUCCUUUCAAGAUGACGAGAAUUUAUACCUCAUAAUGGAGUAUCUACCUGGUGGAGAUAUGAUGACGUUGCUUAUGCGGAAAGAUACACUGACUGAAGAUGAGGCUAGGUUUUACGUCGGGGAGACUGUUCUAGCCGUAGAGUCCAUUCAUAAACAUAAUUAUAUUCACAGAGAUAUCAAGCCUGACAACUUGCUGCUUGAUAGAAAUGGUCACAUGAAACUAUCCGAUUUUGGAUUAUGUAAGCCGCUAGACUGCAGUAACCUUCAGGAAAAAGACUUAUCUGUUGGAGUGAACAGAAGUGGAGCCCUUCAAAGUGACGGACGUCCUUCAGCUCCUAAACGAUCACAACAGGAGCAACUGCAGCAUUGGCAGAAAAAUCGUCGAAUGCUCGCCUAUUCUACGGUUGGAACACCCGAUUAUAUUGCUCCUGAAGUUUUGUUGAAGAAAGGAUAUGGCUUGGAAUGUGAUUGGUGGUCUCUAGGAGCCAUAAUGUAUGAAAUGCUUGUGGGGUAUCCACCAUUUUAUUCAGACGAACCGAUGGCAACUUGUAGAAAGAUAGUAAAUUGGAGAACUCAUUUAAAAUUUCCAGAAGAAGCCAAACUAUCACCAGAGGCAAAGGAUCUUAUUUGCAGACUCCUAUGUAAUGUAGAGCUGAGGAUUGGAACCAAAGGAGCUGAUGAAAUAAAGGCUCACCCAUGGUUCAAAGGUAUUGAGUGGGACAAAUUGUACCAAAUGGAAGCUGCUUUUAUGCCCGAGGUCAACGAUGAAUUAGAUACUCAAAAUUUUGAGAAAUUUGAAGAGGUGGACAAGCAAACUAAACCUUCCUCAAAGGCAGGGCCAUGGAGAAAGAUGCUUCCAUCGAAAGAUAUUAACUUUGUCGGUUACACAUACAAGAAUUAUGAAAUUGUGGACGAUAAUGAUAUACCUGGAUUUGCUGAAUUGAAGAAGAAGAGCACAAAACCAAAAAGGCCAUCUAUUAAGACCUUAUUUGAUGAUGAAUCAGCUAAGGCUUCUUCUAAUCAACCUGUUAGAGGGAGCUUCUUAAAUCUCUUACCUCCUCAAAUGGAAGUUCCAGAGAAAAAUGAAUCACAAUGAUUCAAACUAAUAUAUAUAUCUUACAGUUUUCUAGAAAUCCAUGACCAAAUGUUGAUGACCGCUGAUUAUUUUACUUUUUUUUGCUACAUUCUUUGUUAGUUUGGUUUUGGAAAAAAAAAAACCAAGGCCCUGAAAACUUCUGGUUUUGGAUAGCUGGUUUUAUUUUGGCUGACUGGGAAAUUUUCUUGUGUAGAAAAAUCUUUUAAGGUGUAUAUUCUUUAAUUUUCACAUUUGGUCAAACUACAAUAUAUUAAAUAUAUAGUUAAUUUAUUGUAACUGUUACUGGUGAAA